AUGGAACAUCAGUCUCAAAAGUCAUUUUGGAAGAGACGAGGACUCAAACUCCCAGGAAGUAUUAGUGUUGUUCCUAGCUACUCUACCGCAGCAGAAGACGACAAGCCUAGCAAAACAGAUGUCAUUGGCGCACGAUACACAUACAACAGUUUGGUCACUUUUCACGAUGCAUCGCUAAAGCCUGUCAUGUUACCUUCUCAAUAUUCAGCAGUCAAUAGCACAGCAGCAUCACAACAACAACAACAGCAGACAGGGAGCAAAUCUAUGAAUAAACAUUCUUUAAAGAAGAAUCAUACAAGAAGCACCUCGACGCAGAAAUCGUUUAACGCGUUCUUAAAGGACACAAAUGACGAGUGGAGUGAUGAUAUACAUGAGCCGGGAAAACAGCCUAAAGAAACAGCUGCUGACACCUCCACACAUCACACAGCAGCAUUGGAAAAAGCAUCAAAGGCAGUGGAAGCUGUCUUAUCAACCACGCCAAUGCCAGCGAAUCCUCCACCUCAACCCAUACGAAAAAAGAAGUCUACAAAUCCCAAUGGCAUCAAGGAUCAUGUGCAAGACAUACUGCUAGACCCUACAUUAUCUUUGAAAUGGAUUGAUUUGGAAGAAUCCAGAGAUCCAUUGAGAUCCAAAAAGUUCAAUGAAGUGUUAUCAGUGUCCAAUGUGGAUCUAGUCUCAUUAAGAUCAUUGAGUUGGAGCGGUAUACCCGAAGAGAUGAGAAUGAUGGCAUGGCAAUUGCUGCUUGGAUAUUUGCCUUGCAAUUCUGCUAGAAGAGAAAUCACUUUGGCUCGCAAGAGAAAGGAGUAUUCCGACAGUGUCACGGCAACCUAUGCACGAGGCAUCGCAGGAUUGGAUCAAGCGCUAUGGCAUCAGAUACACAUUGAUAUACCCAGAACAAAUCCCGGCAUUCCCUUGUAUCAGUAUGAGGCAACUCAGUUGUGCUUGGAGAGAAUCUUGUAUCAGUGGGCUAUUAGACAUCCAGCAAGUGGCUAUGUACAAGGCAUCAAUGAUUUAGUGACACCCAUCUUUGAAGUGUUUUUAUCAGCCUAUAUUGAUGAGGAUCCAGAGCAGUAUGAUGUAGGCAAGCUGGAUAAAGAGAUUCUAGGUGUGAUUGAAGCAGAUAGUUUUUGGUGUCUGUCAAAACUGCUGGAUGGUAUUCAAGACAAUUAUACGUUUGCACAGCCAGGCAUUCAGAGACAAAUAUCGACGUUAAAGGAACUAGUAACACGCAUUGAUGCUCGUCUGGCUCAGCAUUUACAAAAUGAAGGGAUCGAAUUUAUUCAGUUUGCUUUUCGAUGGAUGAAUUGUUUGCUGAUGCGUGAAUUACCACUGAUGAGCACGAUCCGUAUGUGGGAUACCUACCUAGCAGAAGGCUCAUCAGAAGGAUUCUCUGAAUUUCAUGUGUAUGUGUGUGCUGCCUUCCUUGUCAAAUGGUCAAAUCAGUUGCAAAAGCUCGAUUUCCAAGGUGUCAUGAUAUUUUUACAGCAAUUGCCUACACAAGGCUGGCAGGCAAAGGACGUUGAGCUGCUGCUAUCAGAGGCCUAUAUGUGGAAAACUUUAUUCCAUAAUGCACCCAACCAUUUGAAAUAA